CAGUUUACAGUAACUACUUCAAACCAUCUAGUUACAUACUUAUAAAUAAAAAUGACGACGGCUCAUAGACCACAAUUUGAUCCCGCUCGGGGUACCUCAGAGAUGGCUCCGACAAGAAUUACCGCCAGUCGUGCAUUGCCAGCCCAUUUAAAGCUCAAAUACAGAAAAGCAAAGCAAGGAACGCAAGAAGAACUAUCUAAAAGGGAUUUUCGAGACCAAUUACUACGCGCAGAAGCUUCUCAUUUUGCUAAUCGCGAGCAUGGGGCUUCUAGCGAUAAACGUCCUGAAGCACCAGCUGCCAUUGAGGCAAAUCCUGAAGCUAAAUCAAAUGAAUCUGAGGACAAGGUGGAUUAUGAAGCGCUAUUGAGGAAAACUUUGGAAGAAGACGCUGAUACUAGUGAAAGUGAGAGUGAUUCAGAAGUGGAAGACAAAGAUGGAGAAGGAUCAAACUCACCGGAAGAAAAACGAUUGAAGACUACUAAUGAAGAGAUGAGAGAAUCAAUGAGUGAAUCUAGUUCUGACGAUGAUGAUGAGGAGGAAGAUGAGACAGCACAACUUCUUCGAGAACUUGAAAACAUAAAACAAGAGCGGCAGAAAGAAAAAGAAAGACAGGAAAUGGAAGAAAAAAAAGAAGAACAAGAAAAACGUGAGCGUGAAAUAGCUUAUGGCAAUGUACUACUAAACAACUCAUCUACCGGUUCUUUUCAAGUUAAACGCCGUUGGGAUGAAGACGUCGUGUUUAAAAAUACCCACAAAGGUGUUGAUGAUCAACCCAGACAAGGAUUUGUAAAUGACAUGUUGCGAAGUGACUUCCACAGGAAGUUUCUUUCUAGAUUUGUUCGGUGAUUUCUCUGCCUACGGCAACUUGGUGUUUUUUUUUUUUUUUUUUUUAUUUAAUCUUCAUAACUACUGUACAGUAUAGAAAUAAUGCUAUAAUUUUAUUCCAAAUAAGUAAAACACAUGACAAGUGAUGCCUAC